AUCAUCAUUCAUUAUUAUCAUCAUCAACCAUCCUCAUUUCAGGUUGGCAGCUGCUUCACGACUUCCUUACAGGAGCAGAAGAGAUGAAGAAACUGACCAGCCGAGCCCGACACCAGAAAUCAUCUAUGAAAUUCCAUGGGACAGUGUUCCACUAACGAUGCAACCUCCGAGGACACACACCAGAGUCGGUACAUCAAAGCCAGUGCGCUGUCAGACACCUGUCUACGCUGUAGUGGACAAGACAAGAAAGAAAGUGAACACUCAACCUGCUCACAUCGCUGAGAGAGCAGACGAUAGGGAAAAAACAAGAAAAGACGACCUAAAAGGUUCAAAACCUUCAAGCUCGGGAGUCUGGCGAGGCACAGACACAGACACAGACUCCGAGUACGUUGUUUUGGAUACGAUCAGAGGUAAAACUCCAGCUAGACGUGACAAUAACAAGAAACACAAACCCCGUCCAGACACAGAAAAAGGUUUCGUGGAUGAUGAAGAUGAUAGCGAUGACUAUGACCAUCUGGUCAUGCAGCAGCUACCAGCACGACAGGAUGUUUCUGCGAGGCGGGAGGCAUCUGCUUGUGCUUCAAACCCCCAUUCAGAGGAUGACGGGAGAUGGGUUAACGAUGAUGGUCUUAUCUAUGUGACUCCAUUCUUCAAAGUCGCUGCUGGCGUAAAGCGUCGUCCACCUCCGAGCCAAGAGGAGACAGAGUACUCCACAAUUCAAACAAGUUCUCUCAAGGGGAAUUAAGAUUGUGAGCCGUGUGGCCAUUUUUAACACACGAGAUCUUGCUCGCAUGUUUUUGCGGGAGAAUGAAAGUUUUCUAGAUGAGGAUACUAUGAAAUAUCUGACCCCAAAAACCCGAUUCAGGUUUAGGUUCAGGUCCCGAUUCUACCUGAAACCUCACCACAUUAUGUACAAGAAAAAACUUUUCUAUAAAAAAGCAAGAACGCCGUGCCUUAAACUAAUGGAAUUAUUUAUUAACUGAACUUGUAUUUCUGCGUUUUUAAAGUGCCAUAAAAUGAACAUUAUAUGCAUGUAACAUGUGAAAUGUUUGUCAAAGUGAUCUAAUGGAGAGGGUGGUGCAUACCCACUCAUAUCAACCUUAUUUUCUAUAACCAGUGAUUUCACUGUCUAUGAUAUUCACUACUUUUUCAUACCACUUAUUUUCAAGUCAUGCUUACUUUCAAAUUGUUUGCUAAGAAUUGCUUUGCUUAGGAAAUCUCUAUAUAUAAAUAUCUCAGGAAAUUUAUAUAUUUUUUAUAUUUGUAGAAAUAAUGUUGCUGUCUUAUUAAAAUUGGACAUUUUAUUUUUGCUUUAAUUUACCUACCACUAAAAAACUCCCUUGCUUUAAACUGUUUUUUAUAGGAAUUUUCGUUAAUGACUUCUGAAAAAGUUUGUUAUGAUUUUGAUUUAGCUUUUCAAGUUAACGAAGGAAACAAUAUCUGCUUCCUGUUACAUGUUUGAUACUUUUCUUUCUUCCUUUUGCAGUAUUUGAAAUAUUUCCUUAAUCUUCAAUGAUACAUUGUAAAAGAUUGUUUUUUAAAGUUGGUUGCUGAAAUAGUUACUCUAUUCAAAGUGGCGUCCUAGAUCACACGUGGACUUUAAAAAGGAUUUUAUUAAAUGGUUUAAUUUUU